UUCUUAGUUUCUGUAAAUAAGUGAUUUUCUCCUUCACUGAUGUGCGCUAAUGAGGCUGCAGUGAUGGGCACUGAUAGGCUGUACUGAUGGGCACUGACAGGUGACACUGAUGGGCACUGAUGAGGAGGCACUGGUAGGUGGAACUGAUGGGCAUUGUCAGGCAUCACUGAUGGGCACUGAAAGGCAGCACUCAUAUAUGGCACUGAUAGGCGGCACUGACUGGCACUGAUAGGCAGCACUGAUGGGCACUGAUAGGCAGCACUGACUGGCACUGAUAGGUGGCACUGACUGGCA